AUGGCCUCCAAAAUCGCCAUCAUCAUCACCAGCACCCGCAAACCCCGAGUCGGCCCUCACGUCGCCGCCCUCGUCCACAACAUCCUCAAAGCCCACCCCUCCUCCUCCUCAUCGACCUUCUCCAUCGUCGACCUAGACGCCUUCAAGCUCCCCAUCUUCGACGAGCCCGUCGUGCCCGCAAACGUCCCCGCCAGGGGCUCCUUCAUCCACGACCACUCCAAGCGCUGGUCCGCUGAGAUCGCCUCCCACGACGCCUACGUCCUCAUCGCCCCCGAGUACAACUACGGUGUCGCGGGGAGCACAAAGAACGCCAUUGACUACCUCAAGAACGAGUGGGACGGCAAGCCCGUGUCCAUCGUCACCUACGGCAUCCAGGGUGGCAAGCUCGCUUCCGAGCAGAUCAAGACAUCGCUCGAGGGCGUUGGCCUCAGGGUCUCGGCCACGAGACCUCAGCUUGCCUUCCCUGGGGGUGUUGGUCCUGAGGCCUUCGCCGCUGUGGGCGAGGGCAAGCUGGGAGAUGCUUCCAAGAAGGAGUGGGAGGAGAAGAACGGGGAAGAGAUCGUCCAGUCUUUCAAGGAGGUCUUGGAUGCCCUCGCAAACCCGGUCGAGAAGCAGGAGUAA